GUCAUUGCAUCAGUCUGGGCGUCAGACACCAAGAGAGGUGAUGGCGGCAGCACACCGAGCUGAGGUGUGGUACGCAGCUGCGAAGACGCUCAAAUCAAUCCGCCAACAGCGCGAUGGGAAGCGCUGUUGGCACGGGGCCACCGAGAUGUUUGUUCACCUCGCAUGGCGUCGUAAGGCGGGAGCGACAGCGGCCGACGCUGGUCACGAGUGGAGGUCGAGACAAGCGGUCUACAAUCAGGAAUCCAGCCGCUAUCUUCAGCCUCGACCACCUCGACAGGUUGUGCCGGGAACGACUUCACUGCUGCCCUUCUUCAGCGAGCACGGACCGCACCGCAUGAACGAAGGCGGUGAUUUCAUGUGCCGCCCAUUCGCGUGGACCGAGCGCUUAGUGGUGCUGUUCGCGGACCAGCAGGUGGCAAAGGCUUCGAAAAUGUACUUCAAGUCAAGGGCUCGAAAAUAUUUGCGAUGGCAGAAAAAUAAAGAGGGGGUGGGGGGUUGAACUU